AUGGAAGAACGUCGAGUGGCGCCGAAGCCACCGGGGACGGACUUCGUCCCCAGCUCAGCUCCUCUACAGGUUGGCGGGGCCUGCUCCGAGCGCCAGCGAGGCGAAAGAGGCCUGCGCCUAGGGCUUGGCAGCGGCAGCCGGCAAACGAGGCGGGCGCAGCGGGGUAACGGACGAGCCCUAGCCGCUCUCGGGAGCCUACGCCGCCUCGGCCGCUCAUUGUCUCUCCCCUUCCACCCGGGGGGCAAACAGGAAGCGCGCCGCCUGGCCGAGCGACGGACGGGCGCCCGGACCAAUGAGCACAGCCGACGGAGAGCGCGGCGGCGAAUGAGAGCGAAGAAGAGGGGCGGAACUUCCGGGCAGGCUGUCACCCUCUUCCCCCCUUUUGGGCUGGAGGCUCCACCUUUUGUGUUUCCCGCACAGUCAAUCAAAAUAGGAAAAAAAAUCCCCGGACCGCUCCGGCCGUGUCCGCCGCCGCUUCCCGCAUCCUCUCUCGCCGCCGCCGCCUUCGCUCCUCACCAUGUCCGAGAGAGAGCAACCCUUGCUGCCGCCGCCGACCACAGCCCGCCUGGGGCCGCCGCCGCCGCCGCCGGCCCCCGGCCCCGAGUGUGCGACCGAGUGUCUGAGAGAGGCAGAAAGCCGCAUUCCCCUCCGCCUCCCCUCCCCGCCAGCCACCGUGCAGCUUCCCGGCCCCAGCCACGCCGUCUUCCCGCCGGCCCCGGGGCGGGCGGCCCGGCCCGCCGGGAGCACGUCCCCCUGUGUGCGGGCGCGGACUCGUACAGAUUUGCACUAGCUUUUCCGGAACAAUUAACGUGUAAAAACGUAAAAUUACGUUUGCGAGAAGUAUUGUUAAACUUAGAGAUUCAUAAACCUUUACUACAUGAGACACAAACAAACAGUAGCCGCGUACCGGUAUCGCGAACAGAAGUCAAAGCAAGAACGUUCAAGACAGGUGAUUUGGCUUCUGCACAGUUAGGAGGAGCACCAAACCGAUGGGAGGUUUUGUCAGCCACACCUACAACUAUAAAAGACGAAGCUGGUAAUCUAGUACAGAUUCCAAGUGCUGCUACUUCGAGUGGGCAGUAUGUCCUUCCCCUUCAGAAUUUGCAGAAUCAACAAAUAUUUUCAGUUGCUCCAGGAUCAGAUUCAUCAAAUGGUACAGUGUCCAAUGUUCAAUAUCAAGUAAUACCACAAAUUCAGUCAACAGAUGGUCAGCAGGUUCAGAUUGGUUUCACAGGCUCUUCAGAUAAUGGGGGUUUAAAUCAAGAAAGCAGUCAAAUUCAGAUUAUUCCUGGCUCUAAUCAAACCUUACUUGCCUCUGGAACACCUCCUGCUAAUAUCCAGAAUCUCAUGCCACAGACUGGUCAAGUCCAGGUUCAGGGAGUUGCAAUUGGUGGUUCAUCUUUUCCUGGCCAAACCCAGGUAGUUGCUAAUGUGCCUCUUGGUCUGCCAGGAAAUAUUACCUUUGUACCAAUCAAUAGUGUCGAUCUAGAUUCUUUGGGACUUUCGGGCAGUUCUCAGACAAUGACUGCAGGCAUUAAUGCCGAUGGACAUUUGAUAAACACAGGACAAGCUAUGGAUAGUUCAGAUAAUUCUGAAAGGACUGGUGAGAGGGUUUCUCCUGAUAUUAAUGAAACUAAUACUGAUUCAGAUUUAUUUGUGCCAACAUCCUCGUCAUCACAGUUACCUGUUACAAUAGACAGUACAGGUAUACUACAGCAAAAUACAAAUAGCUUGACUACUUCUAGUGGGCAAGUUCAUUCUUCAGAUCUUCAGGGAAAUUAUAUCCAGUCGCCUGUUUCUGAAGAGACACAGGCUCAAAAUAUUCAGGUUUCUACAGCACAGCCUGUUGUACAACAUCUACAACUUCAAGAGUCUCAGCAGCCAACCAGUCAAGCCCAAAUUGUGCAAGGUAUUACACCACAGACAAUCCAUGGUGUGCAAGCUAGUGGUCAGAAUAUAUCACAGCAGGCUUUGCAAAAUCUUCAGUUGCAGCUGAAUCCUGGAACCUUUUUAAUUCAGGCACAGACAGUGACCCCUUCUGGACAGAUAACUUGGCAAACGUUUCAAGUGCAAGGGGUCCAGAACUUGCAGAAUUUGCAAAUACAGAACACUGCUGCCCAACAAAUAACUUUGACGCCUGUUCAGACACUCACGCUUGGUCAAGUUGCAGCAGGUGGAACCUUAACUUCAACUCCAGUUAGUCUAAGCACUGGUCAGUUGCCAAAUCUACAGACAGUUACUGUAAACUCUAUAGAUUCUACUGGUAUACAGCUACACCCAGGAGAGAAUGCUGACAGUCCUGCAGAUAUUAGGAUCAAGGAAGAAGAACCUGACCCUGAAGAGUGGCAGCUCAGUGGUGAUUCUACAUUGAAUACCAAUGACCUAACACACUUAAGAGUUCAGGUGGUAGAUGAAGAAGGGGACCAACAACAUCAAGAAGGAAAAAGACUUCGGAGGGUAGCUUGCACCUGUCCCAAUUGUAAAGAAGGUGGUGGGAGAGGUACCAAUCUUGGGAAAAAGAAACAACACAUUUGUCAUAUACCAGGAUGUGGUAAAGUCUAUGGGAAGACCUCGCAUCUGAGAGCACAUCUGCGUUGGCAUUCUGGAGAGCGCCCUUUUAUUUGUAAUUGGAUGUUCUGUGGUAAAAGAUUUACUCGAAGUGAUGAGUUACAAAGGCACAGAAGAACACAUACAGGUGAGAAGAAAUUUGUUUGUCCAGAAUGUUCAAAACGCUUUAUGAGAAGUGAUCACCUUGCCAAACAUAUUAAAACACAUCAAAAUAAAAAAGUUAUUCACUCUAGCAGUGCAGUGCUAGCAUCUGUGGAAGCUGGGCGAGAUGAUACUUUGAUUACUGCAGGAGGAACAACACUUAUCCUUGCAAAUAUUCAACAAGGCUCUGUUUCAGGGAUAGGAACUGUUAAUACUUCUGCCACCAGCAAUCAAGAUAUCCUUACCAACACUGAAAUACCUUUACAGCUUGUCACAGUUUCUGGAAAUGAGACAAUGGAGUAAAUAUUACACAAAUACUUAUUCAUUGUGGUUAUUUUUAUACAGUAGUGAGAAGAAUAUUGUUCCUAAGUUCUUAGAUAUCUUUUUAUUGAUGUGCAAAAAUUUUUGGAUUGACAGUAACUUGGUUAUACAUGACACUGAAAUGCCUUACUUUGUAUGAUAUUCCAUAGUAUAUUAAAAAUGGUAAAAUUGCAUGGGUUUUGUAGGUACUUUUGGAAUCUAGAAGAAAUGAAAUUUUACCAAGUUAUAUAAAGAGAAAAUUGAAUUUAACAAUGCGAAUGGUAGUCUAACCAAAUGCAUCAAUCCUGUGUGGUUUAGUGUAAAAAUGAGAACAUGUUGGUAUUUAUCUAUUGUAAGAUAAAAAAAAAGUUGGUGGGUGAAAGAAAUCAUGUUAUGAUAAAAAUUUUUGUAAUUUUCUUGAUGACUGGAAUUUUUAUUAUGCAUAACUGACAAAUCAAGUUUCCAAGCAAAUGUUACAUAGUGUAGGCUUUACUUAGCUUAUCAAUUUGUCAUUUUGAAGCUAAUUAUUUUAAUUAGGUUAACUAUGUACAAUAUUUUAAGCAUUACUCUUGUAAGAUUUUGAAAACUACAUUUUAACAUGGAACUCUAGGGAUAGUCACCUUUUAAAUCCUGUUGAAAAGCCAUGUUUAAGAUUUCAUUUGCCAAAAUAAUGUCUUGUUAAUAUUCUUUCAGUAAUGAAGUUGGGCAAUAUAACCAUUGUUUAAAAAAGUUUAAAAUGUAUAGGUUGAGGCAUUUGGGUGGCAAGAAAAUGUUAUCGUGAAUUAUCCCUUUUCUUGAAUAUUGGAGGACCAAAAAAAUAAGGUGUAUUGCGUCUUAGCAGUGAUUUUUAUCGAAUCUUGUUUCCAAAAACCGUUACGUCUGCCAGGGCCUUAAAAGCCAUUAUGUAAAUUACCAGUAAAGUAUAACAUAUGCAAACAUAACAAAAUCACUUCCAUAGUGACUGUACUCCAACCAUAUGGAUAUUAGUCAUAGAAAAAUAGAGGUUUUAUGAUAUUUUUUUAAGUCUUUUUUUUUGUCUAGGUAGUCAGUCUGCACUUAAAUAUCAACCAUUUUCCUUUUUUUUUUUUGCUUCUUCCCUUAAAAUUUAUAUGUAUCCAAUACACUUAAUUGAGAAAUGUAUGUUUUUUAUUACGCUGUAUUUUCUUUUUAUUUUUUAAUUAUUGUUUAUAUUUUCAAUUAAAAAUGUACAAAAUAAAGUUACAUUGCUGGUCUUGUAAGAGCUAUACAAUUUUCUUAAAUGCAUACCUAUAACUGCAGCAGUUCACCUAUUUCAAAAAUUUGGAAUUUUGUUCAUUUGUUAUCUUUAAGACCACCUCAAAUUUAAAGGCUACCUUAUUGUACGUUUAAAGUGUAUUAUAACAGUGUGGUAGUUAAUAAAACACUAUUUUUUUUCCUUUUGA